AUGCAUGCAGUAAUCGGUGUCGUCAUUUUAUCCCAGCUUAUACCAGUUAUUAAUGCCAUGGAUGGAGGGUGCAUACUGGAUAUUACAGAGCUGGAAGGAUUAUCAAAGCCGGGGAAUAUCAUAAUUGGAGCCGUGUUUCCUCUUCACUUGGAUAAGGUCUACCACCAUGUCUCCUUCACUGAGAAACCUCCAAAAACCACAUGUACAACGUUCCAUUUUGAGAGUUACCAGCAUCUACAUGCCCUGAUAUUUGCUGUGGAGGAAAUUAACAAGGAUAUCACCAUUCUUCCCAAUAUCUCCAUUGGUUUUCAAACAUAUGACUCUUGCACUAUGCUCCAUAAGGACCUAGAAGGAACUUUACAGAUAUUGACAGGAUCUGGUGGUGUCAUCCCAAAUUACAGAUGUUUACGCAAUAUUCCCUUGAGUUCCGUCAUUGGACAUUCCAUUUCAACACACUCAAUUUCAGUUGCCCACAUUCUUGGCCUCUACAGAUACCCCCAGAUCAGCUACUUCUCCACCAGUGCCCUUCUGAGUGACCGGACAAAAUUCCCAUCGUUUUUUAGGACUGUACCCAGUGACAUUUAUCAAUCCCAAGGACUGGCUCAGUUAACAAAACAAUUGAAUUGGACUUGGGUGGGACUGUUGGCUGUGGACAAUGACUAUGGUCAACAGGGAAUCCAACUUGUUACAAAAGAGUUGCUGAAGGCUGGAGCUUGUGUGGCCUUCUCAGAGACCAUUCUUAGAAACCAGGCAGACCGCAAUGCUCUGUAUAUUGUAAAUGUAAUCAAAAAGUCAACAGCCAACACCGUUGUAAUCUUCUCCAACGAUAUUGACUUUGUACCUGUCCUAGAUGAGAUGCUGCGGCAGAAUAUCUCAAGUAAAAUAUUUAUAGCUAGCGAGGCUUGGUCCACCUCAACCCUUGCUGCUAUGACAAGAUUUUCAAAGCUUCUGUUGGGAACCGUUGGCUUUGCCUUCCACAGUGCAACAGUUCCUGAGUUUCAAGCCUUUCUCAACAAGAUACACCCUUCAACACCUUUAGGAGGGAAGUGGAUGAAAAUAUUUUGGGAACAAGCCUUUGGUUGCAAAUUUUCCAGUGGAAUGACCAUCAAUAGAUCUUCAGAGGCUGCUGCUAAAGAAUGUACAGGAGAUGAAAACCUGGACAACGUUCGGAACAGCUUUAACGAUGCUUCUACCGUGAGAGUCGCAUACAACGUCUACACAGCUGUCCAUGCAGUGGGCAAAGCGUUGGAAGACCUGAACAACUGUAGAAAAGAAACAGGCCCUCAAGGCAGUUGUGCUAACAUCUGGAAUUUCAAACCCUGGCAGCUCCUUCCCUAUAUCAGGAAGGUCCGGGUGAAGAUGAGUAACGAGAGGGAACUUUACUUUGAUGAGAAUGGAGACCCACCUGCAGUCUAUGACAUUGUGAACUGGCAGCUUACUCCAGAAGGUGCUGUACAACAGGUCAAGGUUGGCAGUUAUGACACCAAAGCACCAUCUGGUGAAGUUUUCAUCAUCAAUUCAAGUGUCUUGAUGUGGCCAGGCAGAGACCAGCAGGUGCCUCCUUCUGUCUGUAGGCUGAGCUGCCUUCCAGGUUACAGGAAGGUGAUAACAGAAAAGGAACCGGCAUGUUGUUUUCAUUGUGUGUCAUGUCCACUUGGUGAGGUCUCAAAUCAUACAGACUCUCUUGACUGCUUCCGAUGUCCAUGGGACCAAUGGCCAAACAAAGAAAGAACAAAAUGUCUCCAAAAGACCAUAGAGUAUCUCUCUUACGAUGAACCAUUGGGGACAACCUUAACUUCUGUCAGCGUUGCUUCUUCUUUGUUCCCAGUCGCGAUCCUAAAGCUUUUAAUCGAUCAUAAGUCCACCCCAAUUGUCAAAGCCAGCAACUACUCUUUAAGCUGCCUUCUUCUGGUUUGCUUAUCCUUAUGUUUCCUUUGCCCUUUGGUUUUUAUUGGUUAUCCCCAACCACUGAAUUGUCUUCUCCGCCAAGCUACCUUCGGGAUUGUUUUCUCUCUUUGUAUCUCCUGUGUCUUAUCCAAAACGAUAAUGGUUGUGUUGGCUUUCUUGGCCACCAGGCCAAGCAGCGCCCUUAAGAAAUUCACCAGCCACAAUUUUUCUUACACAAUCAUUUGCGUAGUCUUCCUCAUACAAUUUAUAGUUUGCCUGCUGUGGUUGUCCCUUACACCUCCCUUUCCGCAGUACAAUAUUAAUACCCACCCUGGGGUUAUAAUAAUUGAGUGCAAUGAAGGAUCAACCUUUGCUUUUUGGGUCAUGUUGGCAUAUCUUGGUCUGCUAGCCUUCAGCAGCUUUGUUGGAGCAUUUCUAUCUCGAAGACUUCCUGACGUCUAUAACGAGGCCUCAUAUAUUACCUUCAGCAUGCUGACCUUCCUUAGUGUCUGGGUCUCCUAUAUCCCAGCAUCCCUCAGUUCUCAGGGCAAAUACAUUGUGGCCAUGGAAGUUUUUGCAAUGUUAUUCUCCAGCUGGGCACUGGUCAUUUUUAUGUUCCUUCCUAAAUGUUUCAUCAUGCUUUUCCGACCCUCUAUGAACUCCAGAGAAUAUUUAAAGAUGAAGGGAGUAAAUCAAGCACAUGAUGCAAAAACAUUUUAA